AUGAGCGAUUACACCCAAGAAGCCAGUUUGAUCCAGUUGAUAGCGGAUAACGCACGCUGCCUUCCAGGAUAUGGCAACUCUACUGUAGGCGUUGCCACUGGACUAACAGACCAGCCAUAUGGGAACCCCAUGUACCGCGCCUACCUGAUUGUCAACUCUCAACCGGUCGCUGCGACACAUGACUCCUCGAGUCGACUGGGAGCACAGCUUGAUUUGUUUUCAAGGGUGGAGAAGAAGUUGGGACACACAUUGCGAGUCCCGCAUUACCAGGACCUUUAG